CGAGACAACGGUCGUAGCAGCAGCAGCAGUUAGCGACCGCUCCGCUUUGGUUCACACAGACAACAAAAAGCCGUGCCGCUUACAAAUAGUGUGUUUCAAGAUAAUGUCGGCAAGUGACGAUGACUCUGUCGACCUGACUGGAACAAGCUCCCCAGUUCAUCACAGAAAAAAGCACAGUAUGGAGUCGUCCCGAUCUCCGAGAAGCUCCAAACACCACCAUUCACGGUCACGGUCACGCUCCAGGGACAAGAAACGUGACAGAAAAUACAGAAGGAGUCGAAGCAGGAGCAAAGAGGCACGAAAGAGGGACUCUGAGAAGGCAUCAAAAUCACACAGAAAAACAGAUGAGCGGUUAGACCAAGACAGACUAUCAGCAGAGAACGGAGAGGAGCGAUCCAGGCGCAAGGACAGGAAAUCUUCAAAGGGCCGGAGCAUGUCCAGGUCACAUUCGAGAGAGAGGCGACACCACAGCAGAAGUAGGGACAAGCGUCGAUCGCGAUCACGCAGCCGAGACAGGAAGAAGAAGGCCAGGUCUCGCUCGGGUUCAAGGACCAAACACCGUCAUCACAGUAGAAGUCGCAGUAAGAGCAGGGAGCGAAAGAAACGGAGUGAAAAAGUGCGCAGAAAGAGUCGAAGCAGGUCUGUUAAUCCACCUGCCUUCCGGGGCCGAAACACAGCUAUGGAUGCACAAGAGGCCCUGGCUAGAAGGCUGGAGAGAGCCAAGAAGCUACAGGAGCAGAAGGAAAAAGAAAUGUUUGAGAAACAGCAGCAACAGCAGCAGGAGAUAGCUGCAGUGGCUGCCCCAAUAGCAGCCGUUGCAGCUGCUGCAGCAGCGGCCUCAAACCCUGCCCUCAAUGUGGCGGCCCUCCUGGCCUCUGGGACGCAGGUCACGCCUCAGAUUGCCAUGGCAGCACAGAUGGCAGCCCUUCAGGCAAAAACCCUGGCAGAGACGGGUAUUGCUGUGCCCAGCUACUAUAACCCAUCCGCUGUAAACCCCAUGAAGUUUGCAGAGCAAGAGAAAAAGAGAAAAAUGCUAUGGCAAGGAAAGAAGGAAGGGGACAAAUCCCAGACAGCUGAGUUGUGGGAGAAGCUGAACUUUGGAAACAAGGACCAAAAUGUAAAAUUCCGCAAACUGAUGGGUAUUAAAGGAGAAGAUGAAGCAGAAGUUUCUAAACCGAUUAACGACGAAGGCUUGAAAACUCUUCAGAAGCAGGAGGAGAUGUUCAGGAACCUCGAUGUUCAGUAUGAGAUGGCUCGAUCUCAGACGCACACCCAGAGGGGAAUGGGGCUCGGCUUUUCCUCCUCAUUCUCACGUGGAAUGGAUUCUGUCUAGUGCCAAACUCUGACUGUCACUGCAACUCAUCUGACUUACCAAUUCAUCGCUAGCCCUCAAGCUUGCAUGGAUGUUGCUUUGAAUCUGUAAUUUAUUUAUGGACGAAGAUCUCGCAUAUUGGAAAAUUGUAAUGUAAAUAGCCAGAUGCUGAGUUUCUCUCAGUGUUUAUUAAUCUAUACAUCAUUGGAAAAGGAAGCAUCGUUUGGACUGGAGAAUGCUGGGUAAAAUUAGAUUUUUGUUUUGAAUAUUAUGGUAGCUUUUUUUAAACCCAAAUAUAUAUAUAUAUAUUGAUAUGUGAUUGUUUGAUCAUAGACUGAAAACAAUGUGGUUUGGGUGAACACUGUUUAAAUCCAUUUAGCUGAAGGCAUCAGGUCAGUGUAGCAUUAUCAGAAUCCAUUAAUUACACUUUUCCGAAUUGGGGAAAAAACAAAACAUGGGUUGUAAUACAUAAUGUCUUCUUGGCUUGAAAGGAGUAACGUGUCCAGUGUUAUUGAAAUAAAUUAGUUUUGUGUGGGAUAAGA